CAAAGACGUAUAUUGCUUAUGGAAUUCAUCAAGAAUUAGGGUGUGGGGACUCAGUAAGAAAGCUGCACUGUGAUAUGUCUGAUGCGGUGAAUGUACUGACACAUAUUCAUCAAACAAAAUUAGGAAUGGAACACCUUUCAAGUAUACAGAAGUUUAAAGAGCAGCAUGCUGCACAGGAUCUAUUGGAACGGCAGGUCAGCCAGGAGCAAGAGUGUGAAAAUGGAUUUGAUGGGCUAAAUGAAGAAUGUUCUAGACAUGGUACUACACCAAAUGCAAACUGUGUUGAUCAAGGAAAUGGUCAACCAAAUUGUAUGCAAAAUAUGGUUUGCACUCAUGGCACAAGUGCAAAUAGUGUGUUGGAGGAAUAUGAAAAUACAAGCACUAAUUGUGAAUUGCAGUUAAGUAAUAACAAUCCCCCUGAAGCAUUAGAAGAUAUUUGUGAUGAUGGUGGUGCUCUCUGGGAUAUUUUUAGGAGAGAAGAUGUUCCUAAGUUGGAAAAAUAUCUCAGAAAGCAUUUCAAGGAGUUCAGACACAUUUAUUGUUAUCCAGUGCCGCAGGUAGUUCAUCUUAUACAUGAUGAAACUUUUUACUUGACUGUUGAGCAUAAAAGGAGACUAAAGGAAGAAUACGGGAUUGAACCAUGGACCUUCGUUCAGAAAUUAGGAGAUGAUGUUCUCAUACCAG